GGAAGUCAUGCCUGAGUCGGCGGCUGCAGCAAAGAGCGCUGCGUCCCGAAAGGCAUCGAAGCAGUCGCUUAACAAAGUCAGCAAGAAGCCGCCCAAGAAGCGAAAGAAGACUCGCAAACAGACCUAUUCGACCUAUGUGUACAGGGUGCUGACCCAGGUCCAUCCUUCUACAAGAAUUUCGUCUAAGGCCAUGAAUGUCAUGAACUCGUUCGUCAUCGACAUCUUUGAGCGCAUCGCCUCCGAGGCUUCGCACCUGAUUCACUACAACAAGCGCCAGACCAUAUCGGCCAGAGAAAUUCAAAGCGCCGUCCGCCUUAUGUUACCGGGCGAGCUAGCCAAGCACGCUGUGUCUGAAGGCACAAAAGCGGUCACCAAAUACACCAGUUCCGCUUAGAUCGGCUACCCUAGUGAAAACGAAUGGUAUCUCACUUGCAACAAAACGGACAUAAAAGGCUCUUUUAAGAGCCGCACACUACCACCAACGGAGGGCUAAGAUCAAAAUGUUCGAUCAACUUGUACCGCUUUACAGCAAGAUGACUGAGACACUUUGGAAAAUUACAUGAAUUUAUAAGUCAAAUCCUUAAUCACAAAUUGUAAAACGUUCAGCGCAAUACCGAGAUAGCUCAGCUCUGCACCGUUGCCGCCUCCGAGCAUUUUCUAUAUACACCCUGAUUCAUCUCCUCUAAAUCCAUGGUGUCAUUUGCCUUAACAGUUUCUAUUGUAUUACAGAUGUCAAGAUUGAAACGAGUAGAUGCUUCAAAUGUCUGCUUUUAAAAAUAAAUUCUGAAAACGUGUGCAAUUUUACCUUUGAAUUUUUCUUCACAGCAACUAUUGUUCUUGUGUAGAAUGAUAAAAUAUGGAAAGACGCCACUACCGGGCCUUCCAAAGGAAGUGUCCAAUUAGGCCUACAGACAGCCCUUUUCUUCAGUCACAGGUUUUU